AAACCUACUAUCUAAGGCAUUUCUCUUCUCUGAACCUAAAAGCAAGGGUGUCACCCUGGAGCUGUGCAUUCUGAUAAUGUGUCAAGCCCCAGACUUGGUAAAACACCUUAGUAAGUGCUCAAGAGGAAUAACAGCAUGGAUCCUGAUGGCUCUGAAGCAAAGGAAUAUUCUUCUGUCUGUGUUGGCAGAGAAGAUGACAUUAAAAAAUCUGAAAGAAUGACAGCUGUUGUCCAUGAUAGAGAAGUGGUCAUUUUCUACCACAAAGGAGAAUAUCAUGCUAUGGAUAUUCGCUGUUACCACUCAGGAGGACCUUUACAUUUGGGAGAAAUAGAGGAUUUUGAUGGACGACCGUGUAUAGUUUGCCCCUGGCAUAAAUACAAAAUUACUCUGGCAACAGGAGAAGGACUGUAUCAGUCUAUAAACCCUAAAGAUCCAUCAGCAAAGCCCAAGUGGUGCUCCAAAGGGAUAAAACAAAGGAUUCAUAAAGUGACGGUGGACAAUGGGAAUAUCUACGUGACUCUUUCUAAUGAGCCUUUUAAGUGUGACUCUGAUUUUUAUGCCACUGGAGACUUCAAAGUAAUUCAGAGUUCUACCUGAUAAAAUAUGGCAACAAAAAACAUUAUGUAUGUUUUUAAAAUAUUUUAGAGUACCAAAGAUGAUUGAUUUUUCCAACAUAGGCAUAUUUACUACUUGUCUUUAAAAAUCAUGUAACUCUAAGAGGUUCAAAAGCACAUGUACUUAAUAUGAUGUAAGGAUUAUCAUCAGAAUCUAUAGAAUACAUUUCAUCCAAUCCCUGGAUUGACUGGAACAUGAAGGUUGUAGGUUUGGAAUGUGCAAUUUAAAAAGGAUGAAAAUAAUUUAGAGUAACCAAAGUGAAGAAAAGGUGAAAAAUAAGAUCUACUAAGAAAAAUUGGGGCAGAAAAUCCCUAUUUGAUGUAGCAGACUUUAUCAUGGAAAAGUUUUAAUUGAUACAAAGUAAACAGUAGUAUAGUUUAAUACUUUUUUACAAUAGAAUAAACUCCCAUCACCAUCUUCAACAAUUACCAGUAUUCUUCUAUUCUUCUUCAUUGAUAACUCCACCCAUUCCCCACCUCCCCUAUUUGAUUACUAGUCUUAUUUAUUUUUUUAGGUAAAAUUUAAAUAUAUUGAAAUGCUUAAAUAUUAACCAUUCAGUUUUCUCAUAUAGCAGACUUUUUUACACUUAAAAAUGCUUCCAAAAAUAGGAUCAGUUUAUAUGCUGAAUUUAAAAAUCAGAAACUUAUGUGCUGGGCAUCAAAACCAAGUAAACCUUCACUCAGUUUCUCUCUAGUCAAGGCAGAGACUCUCAUACAUUGAGGAAGACACAACAGCAGCUGCCCAGUCAGGGGGGUGUGAGUAUUCAGUGAAUGGAUUCAAAGAAAGAACUUUGAAUGCCUGUAAGAAAUUUUCAAAUAAAGUUUUUUUUUUAAUUUAUAGAGAACUUUGUGCAUAUAUGUACAACUAAGUGUUUCAUGUAAAUGUUACAGAGACAAGAGAUAAUAAGAGUGUUAUUUCUCAGAAUCUUUCCUGCUGAGUUCACAGGCAGGGUUAAUGUUAAGUUGGUUCACCAGCUUUUACAGUUCUAGUUAUUUAUGGCUAGCACUGUUCUGGUUGCUGGAUGCCACACCCUGGGUGAUCAUGAAAAACUCUGCAGCAUGUAGUAGUAUGCAAAAGGGGGACCAGAAAGAACUAGGAUGAGCAGAUUAUUAAUUCAGAGUGAGAAAAGCUGUUUGUCAACAUUGGAAUCCAAUCUCAAACCACAGUGAUCUUAGUGGCACAGGAUUGUAAUAAGGCUCUAAAUGUAAUAAUUAACUUUCUAAGGGGCGCACCUGGACUCUCCUUUGCUAACUGUAAAAAUAAUAAGUGAAUAAAGUAUCUACCGCUAAGGUUUUUCUUAUAGAGCCUUUUUUUACAUAUUAUUCAUAUUUUCUGAUGGAAUAUGGGUAGCAUGAGCUAAUAAAACACUUGAUACUUGUUUUUCAGUCUACUACUAAAGAGCCAGGGUUGGGCUUUUCAUAAGUACUCUUUAUGGCAGCAUCUAGUCACCAGGUAUAGGAAAUGUACCAUCUCUGGGCUGGGUACCUCUCAGACAGUUAUAUCAGGUGCUAAUCCAGCAAUAAUCAGUCAGGUCUUACCACAUGUCUACAAUUUGAAAGGCAUGGUAGAAAACAAAGUACCUCCUACAGGCAAAGCCAUUACCCCAGUUUGCAGGGCCAAUCACUGAAACAUUUUCUCUCAGGAUCCAGUGACAAUAAUGAGUAAUAUAGACUUGAUUUCUGGUUCUAAAUUUGUUCCUUUAUAUCUGGAAAUAAAUGUCCUAUCCUUUACUCACAUACACAACUCUUAUAGAUUUGUAAAUAAUAUUUUGUUUUAUAAAUUUAUUACAUCAAUGAAUGACAAUUCUUUCACAACUUUAUAGAUGAGUUAUAAAAGAACUGAUAGUAGGCAGGCCCAAAUUAUGCAGCCUGUAGAUAGAAAAUAAAUACCCUUUUGUUACCUCUGUAAAAGAUAUACAGCAUUUUAAUAGGCAGAGUUUUCUUCCCUCACAGAUAAUUGGAAAGGUACUUGAAACAAGUCCUUAAUAAAAACAUAAAUGUAUUUUAAAUAUGACCAUAUUAUAAACAACAGCAUAAAGUGUAGCCCACCAAAGGGUAUAUUUUCUUGUUCAUUAGAAAAUAACAUAUAAUCAUACAUAUAUUCUACAUUGAUUCAUUUUAUUUUCUCUACCAUACAAAUACUUGAGAAUGACAUUUUAAUGGUAGCUCCUUCUACCCUUUUUUUUAAAGCAAAGCAGUCAGUAUAUGAAAACUAGUUUUCCAGUUUUGUUAGAUGAAAUGUCAUUAGAUAGAUAACUCUUAAGCUCUGUUCAGUGAUAUUUAUGUUGAGAUUUGUUCAUUCAUUCAUUUCAGUUGAUUGAUUAAGCACAGAAUGUAAAACGUGGAUCUUAUCAUUCAACUUACUAACAGGAAGUUUGGGGUGAUUUGAAAAAUUGCCUAGCUUCUCUGGUAAGGACUUGUAAGGUUUUGCUUGGAUUUCACCUUCAGAAAACGAAGGCGCAGAAAGAACAGGCUCAGAAAAGGCUCUUCUAAGAUUUCCAUUCUCCUCACUGUUUUGCCUUAUGGAUUCUUCUUCUUGGAAAUUUUUCUUUACCUUCUCCA